UUUAAAGUCAAGUCCAUUGACAAUAAUUUAUUUUUUAAAUUUGCUUAUGGUUUAAUUUUUGUCAAAAUGAACAAAAUUUUUCCUUUUAAUAAAUUUGUUACCGGCUUGAAUAUUAUCAAAGCCAACGGUGGACCAUUGAACGCCUUUAAGAAAUUGUUCAGACAAGAUGAAUUGAAAAUUGGUACAUUAGUUGGUACUGAUGAAAUGGGCAAUCGUUAUUAUGAAAACAAUUUAUAUUUUUAUGGACGUAAUCGUUGGGUAGAGUAUAAUGACAAAGUAUUUUUGGAUUAUGAUGCUAGUCAAAUUCCUGCUGAAUGGUAUGGUUGGAUCCAUUACAAAACAGACCUUCUUCCAUAUAAUGAUCCAAACAGGCCUAAGCAUAAGUGGAUGGCUAAACAUACAGAAAAUGAAACUGGUACUAAUCGACAAUAUGUACCAUACAGUACAAUGCCACCAAAAAUUCAAGCUUGGGUACCACCAAAUAAAAAUUAAAUUUUGUGGCACUUUAGUGUAAAUAUCUAUUUAAAGCAAAUUGUUAUAAAUGUCAUGAUUAAAUAAUUAGUUUAAAAAAUAGUGAACUUCAAAUAAACAUACCAUCAACUUAUGUUUAGUUAAUAAAUACAAUAGAUAUUACUAAAUUAAUAUUAUAUUAUUAAUUUGAAAUAAGUUGAUUGUAUAACAGAAAUACUA